UUUCCGCGAUGUCUCUGAAUUGGAAUAAACUGGCGGCAGGUACGCUGCAGGUUCUAUUCUUGCUGCUGGUCGGUCCCAAGAUCACAGUCAAUGCUCAAGAUGACAAUCCAUUGCAACAGUGCACCUCCAGUUCUAGCGUGGAUCUCGAUUUGGAGCAGUUCAGUGGCAUUUGGUGGGAAGUGGCACGUCAGCCGGCAGCCAGUAUGUUUUGCACCCAAAUAAACAUUACGGCGGUGGGCAAUGACGAGGUGGAUAUUGUCACCUGGUACUCGAAUACGGCCACCUAUCCGUGGGUGAAUCAGAGCAUGACUUUAACUAACUUCAGCAUGCAGGACACGAUACCCAAUACGGGGGGGUAUAACCUAUCCUUUGUCGCCCCACCCACCGUGACGCCCUACACGGCAUUCAAAAUUCUGGCUACCGACUAUACCAACUACACCUUAAUUUGUGGCUACACCAAUGCCACAGACUCGACCACAGCGUUCGCCAUGAUCCUUACUCGCGAUCGCACGCCCAGCACCGACGCUUUGACCGCUCUGGAGACACAGGGAUCUACUUUCAACUCGAACUUCGGCAGCUCCAUGACUCUUGUGACUCAGGAUGACACAUGCUACGACAAUCACAGCAAUCGAAACACUUUCUCAGUGCUCUACAUAUUCGUGAUGUGCCUUAUCACUUGUCUUUUAAAUAAUUAACUAGUGCAGUUUAUAUCUAAAAUAUUGAAUUAUUCAUAAAUUUUGUGUUACAUAAUUGUUGUAGAUGUUGAAAUAAAUUCUUAGGUCACCAAUAGAUAUGAACAGACAAGUAGAAUUGACAUAUUAAGAGCACCCACAGCAGCUGAGAGCACAAUAAUGUUCAGAGUAGAGCUCCAGAGAGGGGACUGUCACCGGAUAAUACAAGUAUAUAUGCCCUACUGUUCAAUUUUCCAAUUUAGUUAUCACAACAGAUACCAUAUCAUUUUUGAAUGCCAUGCACCUUGAGCUCAAUGUAAUUAAAGGGCUUAGCUCGUUUACAAUUUUCUGCUGCGAUCACGAAUGGCAUUUUCCAAGUGGUGGGGUUAGUCCACCUUCGAGCGCGAGUCUGAACGUACCCUCAACAUGUCCGCAAGCUGCCACACCCUAAUAUUUUGUCUACUGAUCUGCCCAUUUGCUCCGAAAACAAUACUUGCGCUUGGCCAACAGACAAUCGGGCAGUUCUGUGAUUCCUUUACUGGCACGACAAUUAAUGUGACGCAGCUCAUGGGUGAGUGGUAUGAGGUGGGCCGCCUGCCAGCCGUCAAUCUGUCCUGUGUCCAGACAAACCUUAGUAAUGACGCACAGCAGGACACUGUGCAUGUGAAUACCAGUUUUUUCGAUGCAAGCCAUAAACCUAUGAUUAAAUACGACACAGUAAGCGCAGUACCGUUGCCAAAUAUGUCGCCUUUCAACAUAUUCCCACUCGUGAACGAUACAUUAGACACCACAUGGUACAAGAUCGUGUCAACAGACUAUACGAGCUAUUCAUUCAUAUGUGGAUAUACAAAUGGAACCGGAACAACAGACACCUUUGCCUUUAUGCUCACACGGAAUCAGACAUCGCUAAGUCAGGGAGUAUGCGCGGUAAUCGGAAAUCUUAACAUGUCGAUGAUCGUGGAAAGCUCUACCUGCGGGACCGAUCCCGGCACAGACUCCAGUUCAACACCUGGUCCCACCAGCCCCAAUGCCAGCUCCAUCAUUUCUUUUCCUAUACUAUACUUUCUGUUAGCCCUUAUUGCUCUGCACUUUUUGUUUAAAUAAAAUGAACUUUUCCUAGAGCA